AACAUUUACUUCCACCCUUAUAUAAAUGUGUAUAACCACUGUGACUCCAGGUGAAGUACCUCUUUGCUGCAUGGAUGUGUGUUCUGCUGUGAACUGUGUGAGCUCUGCUCUCUUUCCUUGUAUGUCAGUGAAUGACUGCAGCAGCAUGGAGACGUGAGAAAACAGCGCUGUGUUUAUAAAUCGAGGAACUUUUUUGCGCUCUUUUCUCUUCCUUUCAUCACGAACGCUCAUUAACGUUACCUCUUCUAGAUAUUUGCUUCUAAGUAAUGGCAGUCCGAGCGCCUACAUUUUUGCUCCUGCUGUGCGGGCUGUGCGUUUCUCUGGCGGUUGAUUGGGAGUUUGUGGACACCAAUUUUACCCACCUCGGUGAUGCAAUCGACUACAAGGAUCCCUGUAAAGCUGCUGCCUUUUUGGGAGACAUUGCACUGGAUGAAGAUGACCUCCGCAUGUUCAAAGAGGCCCACAGCACUGAUGAUGAACAGCACACUAUCCAGACCAACCAAACAGACUCAGUUAACAGUUCCACCUCCAAUGAGAGUGUCAGGAGUAAAAGAUCUGCAAUCAAACAGAGUCUCCAUCGUCUGAGGAGAGCGGCUACCUCCAGACCUGAGCGAGUAUGGCCAGACGGCAUCAUACCGUACGUGAUCAGUGGGAAUUUUAGUGGCAGUCAGCGAGCCAUUUUCCGACAGGCCAUGCGUCACUGGGAGAAACACACUUGUGUAACGUUCACUGAGAGGACGACUGAAGAAAGCUACAUUGUUUUCACCUAUCGUCCAUGUGGGUGCUGCUCCUAUGUGGGGAGGAGAGGCGGAGGCCCUCAGGCCAUCUCCAUAGGGAAGAACUGCGAUAAGUUUGGCAUUGUGGUGCAUGAACUCGGCCACGUGAUCGGCUUCUGGCACGAGCACACGCGUCCGGACCGUGAUGAGCAUGUAAGCAUCAUCAGAGACAACAUCCAGCCAGGACAGGAGUAUAACUUCUUGAAGAUGGAGCCAGGCGAGGUCGACUCACUCGGGGAGGUAUACGACUUUGGCAGCAUCAUGCAUUAUGCAAGGAAUACAUUUUCCAGAGGAAUCUUCUUAGACACAAUUUUGCCCCGUUACGAUGUCAAUGGAGCCAGGCCACCUAUUGGACAGAGGACCAGGCUUAGCAAAGGGGACAUUGCACAAGCACGCAAACUCUACAAAUGUGCAAGGUGUGGGGAAAGCCUGCAGGACAGUGCUGGAAACUUCUCCUCUCCUGGUUUCCCCAACGGGUACUCAGCAUACGCUCACUGUAUCUGGAGGAUUUCUGUCACUCCCGGGGAGAAGAUUGUUCUGAAUUUUACUUCCAUGGACCUCUUCAGGAGUCACUUGUGUUGGUAUGACCACGUGGAGGUCCGAGACGGGUUCUGGAGAAAAGCUCCACUGAAAGGCCGUUUUUGUGGAGACACACUUCCAGAUCCAAUCAUCUCUACCGACAGUCAGCUGUGGAUUGAAUUCAGAAGCAGCAGCAGCUGGGUGGGCAAAGGCUUUUCAGCUGUUUAUGAAGCCAUUUGUGGGGGAGAGGUGAAGAGAGACAGCGGCCAGAUCCAGUCUCCCAAUUAUCCUGAUGACUACCAGUCCAAUAAAAUGUGUGUGUGGAAAAUCACAGUAGCAGAGGGUUUCGACGUUGGCCUCUCCUUCCAGUCGUUUGAGAUUGAGAGACAUGACAACUGCGCUUACGACUACGUGGAGGUGAGGGAUGGCAAUUCAGAAAGCAGCCCGCUUCUCGGCCAUUUCUGUGGCUAUGACAAACCAGACGACAUCAAAAGCAGCUCUAACCAGUUGUGGCUGAAGUUUGUAUCUGACGGAUCGGUCAACAAAGCUGGGUUUGCAGCCAACUUUUUUAAAGAGAUGGACGAGUGCUCCAGACCUGACAACGGUCACUGUGAGCAGCGCUGUCUGAACACGCUGGGCAGCUACAGAUGUGCCUGCGACCCUGGAUAUGAGCUGGCAGCUGACAGACGCAGCUGUGAGACAGCUGCCUGUGGUGGGUUCAUCACCAAGCUGAACGGCUCCCUCACCACCCCCGGCUGGCCCAAAGAAUAUCCACCAAACAAGAACUGUGUGUGGCAGCUGGUGGCGCCCAUUCAGUAUCGCAUUACUCUGGUGUUCGAUGUGUUUGAGACCGAAGGGAAUGAUGUGUGUAAAUAUGAUUAUGUGGAGGUGCGCAGUGGGUUGAGUUCAGACUCAAAGCUUCACGGGAAGUUUUGUGGAGCAGAGAAACCAGAGGUCAUCACCUCCCAGCAAAACAACAUGAGGAUUGAGUUCAAAUCAGACAACACUGUGUCCAAGAGGGGCUUCAAGGCUCACUUCUUCUCUGAUAUAGAUGAGUGCUCCAAAGAAAAUGGAGGCUGCCAGCAUGAGUGUGUGAACACCUUCGGGAGCUACAGCUGUCAGUGUCGCAGCGGCUUCAUGCUUCAUGAUAAUAAGCACGACUGCAAAGAAGCUGGGUGUGAUCAUGUUGUAAAUAGUGUGUCAGGCAUAAUCAGCAGCCCCAACUGGCCUGACAAGUAUCCCAGCAAAAAGGCCUGCACUUGGUCUCUGUCCACUACCCCAGGCCAUCGAAUCAAACUUAUUUUCAACGAGAUCGAUAUGGAGGCUCAUUUGGAGUGUGCUUACGACCACCUGGAGAUCUAUGACGGGCGAGACUUCCGUGCCCCGAGCCUAGGGCGCUUCUGUGGCACCAAGAAGCCAUCUCCAGUCAUUUCUAGUGGCAACAAAAUGUUCCUGCAUUUUUUCUCUGACAACUCUGUGCAGAAGAGAGGCUUUGAGGUUUCAUACAGCGCAGAAUGUGGAGGAAGCCUUAAAGCCGAGGUCAAGACAAAAGAUCUGUACUCUCAUGCACAGUUUGGAGAUAACAACUACCCUGGUGGCUCUGACUGUCUGUGGGUGGUCACUGCUGAGAAGGGUUACGGAGUGGAGAUCAUCUUCCAAGUGUUUGAGAUAGAAGAGGAGGCAGACUGUGGGUACGAUUACGUGGAGCUGUAUGACGGUGCUGACAUCAAGUCUCCGAGGCUGGGACGAUAUUGUGGAUCUGGGGCUCCAGAGGAGGUCUACUCAGCUGGAGACGCCAUAGUCUUGAAGUUUCACUCAGAUGACAGCAUAAGUAAAAAGGGUUUUCAUGUACACUACACAAGCACAAAGUUCCAGGACACAUUACACGCAAGCAAGUGACUCUCUAAACUUACCCCAAACCUAAAUGGAGACUUCACCCCUAACAUUUGGUCGUACACGCCCUUUUCCAGGCGAGGAGUGAAUGCAUGGAUUGAUACCACAAACACCAACCCACAUACUUUACAUUCACAUCUGCUAGAAAGAGUGAAGCCAUGCAGACAAAUUACAUCUUUACUCUUCCUCAUUAUAUAGCUAUAUAGAGUGAAAGGCAACAACUAGUUUGAAGUCAUUUUCAGUCACACCGCCUGUAAUGAGCUGAUUACGUCGUAACACUGUGCUAAGAUGCAAAAUGUAUAUUUUGUGAUAUAGUUUACCUAUUUUAAAAAAAAUCAUGAUAUCAAUUAUGUCAGUUUUUACUGUUGAGGUUGAGAGGUUGAUCACGUAAUGCACUUAGUUGGAUGGUAUCACGUUACAAAUGCAUAAUUAUGGGAGAAAAGCUUGUGUCGAAAGCUUAAGUAUUUAAUUUUUUCUGACGUGCCUUUAGUUUUUGAAUUUCCUUGCAGUACAUUAACAUUCCCUCACAGUAUAUUUUCAGUCCCCUUUUUUUCCCUGACAUUUUUUGUAUUUCUUUUAAACCACUAUUGUGUUUCCACACGUGUGCUGGGUGUGUUACAUCACUGUUGGGUGUGGUUACAGGUGCAAGAGCUCAAACCUCUUACACACCAAACCACACCCAUCAAUGGUGGUGUGUCGGGUCAAGGGAGCAGCCUUUAGGUUUAAAACUGAAAGGACUGUGAAAUGCUGGUAUUAAAGGUGCCCUGUCAAGUUUCCCUGUAAACAAACAAAGCUGUGUUUAUAUUCAGUGUUGCUCACCAAAACAAAUUGCUUGCAAUGUCUUCCGCAUAAAACACAGUUUUAAACAUUUAAAAUGAGGCAUUAUUUACUAGUGCAGAGUUUUCUUCACUGCCCUUUUUUGGUGUUUUGCUGCAUUUCUUUGAAUGUUAGCAACACCAAUGAGUCGAAAAGCAAGAAACUAACCAUUAUGUAUGUAUCGUGUCACCCACUGGCCUGUGCAUGUGCAUCCUCAAGUAAGCACUUCACAAACAGAACAAGGAUCCACUCGUUAAAACACUGCUCCAAAGGGUUGCUAGUAGCCAAAAACCCCACAGGGCACCUUUAAUUUAUACAUCAACAUCUACAGUAUGUAAUGAACUGACACUUUUGUUUUAUUUAUUUUACUGCUGGAAUAAUAAGCACACUUUGGAAAAUAAUUUUCAAGAAAUACUUUUAUUAAAAUAUUGCCCAUAUAACUGUGAUACUGGGUGCCACUUUACAAGUAUCAGGCUCUGGAUCAACAAGGGCAAACAGCUGGUGCCCUAAAUUCAUCUAGCGCAGGAAGUAGAAAGUAAAUAUCCAAAAUUAUAACCGUUUGUUCACAUAAAACUGACUAUUACACUGAAGCUCCUUUUAUGUGUCUUAUCACCCUGCUUCUACCAGCUCUAAUCAAAAAGCUUAACAUUUCCCAAACCCCCUGAAAGCACCAAAGACAUCAUAAGUACAUAACACUGUAGAAUCAACAAAAACUUUUUUCAAAAUGUAAAAAAAAAAUCACAGUAUUAAAUGAUUAAGAUGUUUACUGUUAAUGUAUCAUGCACAAAAAAAGAUUAUUGAAUCAUAGAAGCAACCAUAAUAGAACAUUACAUUUAAUCUCACAACAGUCAUGUUACCAGACAGUUUCUCAUUCUUCACUGAAGCACAGCUUCUCUGAAAUGAAAUGUGUGGCAGUAGAUCCAGUCUACAUAUUGAACAAUGUGUUAGAAAAAAUGUUUCCUAAGAUACAUGUGUUUCUAUCAGACAGAUAGGUCUAGAAUCAACUGUAUAUUGCACAAGUACAAAUACAUUUCUGUAUCUAAUUAUGUGCACAAGUUCUGUUUUCUCUUUUUCUGAUAUGCAUUUUUAUUUCAUGUGUCAACUUUUUGUAACUUUUUACCCUUCUGUUACCACUUUUUAUUUUUAUUUUUUCAAUUUUGUUAAAUCUUUGGUAAGAAAACUU